AUGUCUUCCCUCCCUCCCGUCUACAUUAUUUCGACCGCUCGUACUCCAGUGGGCUCGUUCCUUGGCUCCCUCUCAAGCCUGACUGCCCCUCAGCUCGGUGCCCAUGCCAUCAAGGCCGCUGUUGAGCGCGCCGAGGGCGUCAAUGCCUCCGAUGUUGAGGAGGUCAUCUUCGGCAACGUCCUGUCUGCUGGUGUCGGACAGAACCCCGCCCGUCAAUGCGCCAUCAACGCUGGUCUCCAAGACUCUACUGUUUGCACCACCGUCAACAAGGUCUGCGCCUCCGGCACAAAGGCCAUCAUCCUCGGUGCCCAGACCAUCAUGACCGGAAAUGCCGAUAUCGUCAUUGCUGGUGGCACUGAGUCCAUGUCGAACACCCCUCACUACCUCCCCAACCUCCGCACCGGUGCCAAGUACGGCAACCAGAGCCUGGUGGAUGGUAUCAUGAAGGACGGUCUACAGGAUGCCUAUGGCAAGCAGGACCUCAUGGGCCUGGCUGCUGAAGAAUGUGCCCAGGACCACGAUUUCAACCGCGAGCAGCAGGACAACUAUGCCAUCCGCACCUACGAGAAGGCCCAGGCGGCCCAGAAGGCUGGCGCUUUUGACUACGAAAUUGCUCCCAUUGAGAUCCCCGGCUUCCGUGGCAAACCCGGUGUGACCGUUUCUCAGGACGAGGAGCCCAAGAACCUGAACCCUGACAAGCUGCGUGCCAUGAAGCCUGCUUUCAUCCCCGGUACCGGUACCGUCACUGCCCCUAACUCCUCCCCCUUGAAUGACGGCGCGGCUGCCGUUGUCCUCGUUUCCGAGGCUAAGGUCAAGGAGCUUGGCCUGAAGCCUAUUGCCAAGAUUCUGGGCUGGGGCGACGCCGCUCACGCGCCCAGCAAGUUCACCACCGCCCCUGCUCUGGCUAUCCCCAAGGCUCUCAAGCACGCUGGCGUGACCCAAGAGUCCAUUGAUGCUUUCGAAAUUAACGAGGCCUUCAGUGUGGUUGCCCUUGCCAACAUGAAGCUGCUCGGUCUCUCCGAGGAUAAGGUCAACAUCCACGGUGGUGCUGUUGCUAUUGGUCAUCCUCUGGGUGCCAGUGGUGCCCGUAUUGUGUCUACUCUGCUCGGUGUUCUGAAGGCCAAGCAGGGCAAGCUUGGCUGCGUCGGCAUCUGCAACGGUGGUGGUGGCGCUAGCGCUCUGGUGAUCGAGUCUCUCCUCUAA